UAUGGCGACAGCCGCAGUUACUCUCUUCUCUUUUCUACAUCUGCAGUUCAGAAACGGCUGUCUGGAUUUCUGUUAAUGCGAGAAAAAAGCUGGAUGUCUGGGAUGGAAAACCAAUAAAAAGGCAAUAGCUGCAGGAUGAAAACAUGGCCGCACCCCUUUUUGCACCCCCAGGACCUGACAGCUUCAAGAAAUUCACCCCAGAGUCACUCGCUAACAUCGAGAAGCGCAUCCAAGAAGAGAAGAACAAGAAACCACCCAAGCCAAGGUCGGACAGCAGUCACCGUGACACGUCUGACGAAAAUGAGCUCAAGCCCAACAGUGACCUGGAGGCUGGGAAGAGCGUGCCCUUCAUCUACGGCGAUCCUCCUCCUGGCAUGUAUGCCAUACCGCUGCAGGACUUAGAUCCAUAUUAUCAGAACGAGAAAACAUUUAUAGUCAUAAACAAAGGGAAAACAAUCUUCCGCUUCAGUGCCACGCCCUCCUUGUACAUCAUAAGCCCUUUUAAUUUAUUUAGGCGAAUAGCUAUUAAGAUUUUGAUACAUUCUUUAUUCAGCAUGAUCAUCAUGUGUACCAUUUUGACCAACUGUAUAUUCAUGACAUUUAGUGACCCCCCAGAGUGGUCCAAACAAGUAGAGUAUACCUUCACAGGUAUCUACACGUUUGAGUCGCUCACAAAAAUUGUUGCCAGAGGCUUCGCCAUAGAUGGCUUCACCUUCCUCAGAGACCCGUGGAACUGGUUAGAUUUCAUGGUCAUCUCUAUGGCAUAUAUAACAGAGUUUGUGGACCUUGGGAAUGUCUCGGCGCUGAGAACGUUCAGGGUUCUCCGAGCAUUGAAAACUAUUUCUGUCAUUCCAGGCCUGAAGACCAUUGUGGGUGCGCUGAUCCAGUCUGUGAAGAAGCUGUCGGAUGUGAUGAUCCUGACGGUCUUCUGUCUCAGCGUCUUCGCUCUGAUUGGCCUACAGCUCUUUAUGGGGAACCUGCGGAAUAAGUGUGUAUUCUGGCCAAUCAACGUAACGCAGUGGAUACUUUCAAAUGGCAACAGGAGUUUAGACUGGGAUGAGUACAUCAUGAAUGACACUAAUUUCUACUUCCUCCCAAAUCAGCUUGAUGCUCUACUGUGUGGAAAUAGUUCUGACUCAGGACGUUGUCCAGAGGGCUUUACAUGUAUGAAAGCUGGAAGGAACCCGAACUAUGGUUACACAAGCUUUGACAGCUUUGGAUGGGCUUUCCUCACCCUCUUCCGACUUAUGACUCAAGACUUUUGGGAAAAUCUCUACAUGCUGACUCUGCGUGCUGCAGGAAAGACCUACAUGAUUUUCUUCGUGCUAGUCAUCUUCGUUGGUUCUUUCUAUCUGGUGAAUCUCAUCUUGGCUGUGGUGGCCAUGGCCUAUGAGGAGCAGAACCAGGCCACCAUUGAGGAGGCGGAGCAGAAAGAGGCAGAAUUCAAAGCCAUGCUGGAGCAGAUCAAGAGGCAGCAGGAGGAAACACAGGCUGCUGCCAUGGCGACUUCUGCAGGUACAGUUUCUGAGGCUGCAUUAGAGGACGAAGGAGGAGGGCACCUGUCCCGCAGCUCCUCUGAGGUCUCUAAACUGAGCUCAAAGAGUGCCAAGGAACGCCGCAAUCGCAAGAAGAAAUGGCGUCAGAAAGAGCAGGAGAAAGAAAAAGGAGAUAGUGAAAAGGUUGUUAAGUCUGAGUCAGACGAUGGCAGCAAGAAAAGUACAAUACGUUUCCCAGGAAGCCGGCUGGGGAGGAAGACAUCAAUCAUGAACCAGUCACUACUCAGCAUCCCGGGCUCUCCCUUCAUGUCGCGCCACAACAGCCGGAGCAGCAUCUUCAGCCUUAAAGGCCGCUCCAAGGACAUGGGCUCAGAGAACGAGUUUGCAGAUGACGAGCACAGUACAGUAGAGGAGAGUGAAGACCGCCGAGGCUCCCUUUUUAUCCCUUACCGCCGCAACAGUUACAGUGGCUACAGCCAGGGCUCAUCCCGCAUCCACCCGCUGGCACCCCACUCUGGAGGGAAGAGGAACAGCACAGUGGACUGCAAUGGCGUGGUGUCUCUCAUCGGCCCUGGGCCCGGCAGACGGCUUCUGCCUGAGACUACUGACGUGGACAUUAAGAAGAAGCACUCCGGCUCGCUCAUGGUAUCUGUGGAUCAGCUCAACUCCUUCAAAGGAAAGGACCGGGCCAACAGUCAGAUGAGCGUGGUCACCAACACUCUGUUAGAGGAACUGGAGGAGUCUCAGAGAAAGUGUCCUCCCUGCUGGUACAAGUUUUCCAACACGUUUCUCAUCUGGGAGUGCUGUCCCAUGUGGCUGAAGAUCAAACACAUAGUCUACUGUAUUGUCAUGGACCCGUUUGUUGACCUGGCCAUCACUAUCUGCAUUGUCCUCAACACCCUCUUCAUGGCCAUGGAGCACUACCCAAUGACCGAACAAUUUGAGGGGGUCCUGACGACUGGCAACCUGGUCUUCACUGGUAUCUUUGCCGCUGAGAUGUUUGCAAAGCUGGUUGCCAUGGAUCCCUACUACUACUUCCAGGAAGGCUGGAACUGCUUUGAUGGCUUCAUUGUGACUCUGAGUUUAGUUGAGCUGGGACUGUCUGAUGUAGAGGGUCUGUCAGUGCUCAGGUCAUUCCGAUUGUUGAGAGUGUUCAAACUGGCCAAAUCCUGGCCCACCCUGAACAUGCUGAUCAAGAUUAUCGGUAAUUCGGUUGGAGCUCUGGGUAAUCUGACUCUUGUGCUGGCCAUCAUUGUCUUCAUCUUUGCCGUGGUGGGAAUGCAGCUGUUUGGCAAAAGCUACAAGGACUGUGUGUGUAAAAUUGCCCAGGACUGUGUGCUGCCUCGCUGGCACAUGCAUGACUUCUUCCACUCCUUCCUGAUCGUGUUCAGAGUGUUGUGCGGGGAGUGGAUUGAGACCAUGUGGGACUGUAUGGAGGUGGCGGGACAGACCAUGUGCCUCACGGUCUUCAUGAUGGUCAUGGUCAUUGGAAACCUGGUGGUGCUGAACCUGUUCCUGGCCUUGCUGCUGAGCUCAUUCAGUGCUGAUAACCUGGCAGCCACUGAUGAUGAUGGUGAACCCAACAACCUCCAGCUGGCAGUCGCCCGCAUUAAGAUAGGGAUUGCCUGGUUCAAGGUUAACAUGCGGCUGUUGGUAGCCACAGUGCUCAAGAAGCCUAUAGAGGAUGAACAGAAGCCUCUGGACGAAAUGUACGAAAAGAAGCUGAACUGCAUUGCAAACCACACAGUGGACAUCAACCGUGAGCUGGACUAUGCUAAAAAUGGCAAUGGAACUACCAGUGGUAUUGGGAGCAGUGUGGGAAAGUAUAUGAUUGAUGAGGAUUACAUGUCCUUCAUCCACAACCCCAACCUCACCGUAUGUGUUCCUAUCGCUGUUGGCGAGUCGGACUUUGAAAACCUCAACACGGAAGAUUUCAGCAGUGAAUCGGAUGUGGAGAACAGUAAAGAUCUGGAUGACACCAGUUCGUCUGAGGGCAGCACGAUAGACAUAAAGCCUGAUGUGGAGGAAGUAGCAGUGGUGGAGGUCGUGGAGGAGUACGUUGACCCUGAUGCCUGCUGGACAGAUGAGUGUGUGGCCAAAUACAAGUGCUGCGAUGUUCCCAUCACUCAUGGCUGGGGGAAAAACUGGUGGUUCCUGAGGAAGACGUGCUACCUGAUUGUAGAACACAACUGGUUUGAAACCCUCAUCAUCUUCAUGAUCCUGCUCAGCAGUGGAGCCUUGGCCUUUGAGGAUGUUUACAUUGAGCAGAGGAAGACGGUCCGUGUCAUUCUGGAGUAUGCUGAUCGUGUUUUCACCUACAUCUUCAUCCUGGAGAUGUUGCUGAAAUGGGUGGCUUAUGGCUUUGUCAAGUACUUCACUAAUGCCUGGUGCUGGUUGGACUUCUUCAUUGUGGAUGUGUCUAUAGUCAGCCUUAUAGCUAAUGCAUUGGGCUACUCCGAUCUAGGCCCAAUUAAAUCACUCAGGACACUGAGGGCCUUGAGACCCCUCAGGGCCCUGUCACGUUUUGAAGGGAUGAGGGUUGUGGUGAACGCCUUGGUGGGUGCGAUCCCCUCCAUCAUGAAUGUGUUGCUGGUGUGUCUCAUCUUCUGGCUCAUCUUCAGCAUCAUGGGAGUCAACCUGUUUGCCGGAAAGUAUUACUACUGUUACAAUGAGACUUCUGAGGAAAGUUUCCUUAAAUAUGUGGUCAACAACAAAUCGCAGUGUUUUGAUCUCAUUAAUCAAAACUUUACUGAAGUCAGAUGGAAAAAUGUCAAGAUUAAUUUUGACAAUGUGGGUUCGGGAUACCUGGCUCUUCUACAAGUGGCAACAUUCAAAGGCUGGAUGGACAUCAUGUAUGCUGCGAUAGAUUCCAGAAAGGUGGGAGACCAGCCGGUCUAUGAAGACAACUUAUAUAUGUACAUCUACUUUGUCAUCUUCAUCAUCUUUGGAUCGUUCUUCACCUUGAAUCUCUUCAUUGGUGUCAUCAUUGAUAACUUCAACCAACAAAAGAAAAAGUUUGGAGGUCAGGAUAUCUUCAUGACAGAAGAACAGAAGAAAUACUACAAUGCCAUGAAGAAACUAGGGUCAAAGAAGCCACAGAAGCCAAUUCCAAGGCCUCAGAACAAAUUCCAGGGCAUGGUGUUUGACUUUGUGACGCAGCAGGUGUUUGACAUCUCCAUCAUGAUCCUCAUCUGCCUCAACAUGGUCACCAUGAUGGUGGAGACGGACGAUCAGUCAAAGGAGACGGAGGAAGUGCUGUACUGGGUCAACUUCUUCUUCAUUGUGGUCUUCACUUGCGAGUUUGUAUUGAAGCUCUUUGCACUGCGUCACUACUACUUCACCAAUGGAUGGAACAUCUUUGAUGUGGUUGUGGUCAUCCUUUCCAUUGUGGGAAUGUUCCUGGCUGACUUGAUCGAGAAGUAUUUUGUGUCUCCGACGCUCUUCAGGGUGAUCCGUUUGGCUCGUAUCGGCAGAAUCUUGCGUCUCAUCAAAGGGGCCAAGGGAAUCAGAACUCUACUGUUUGCCCUGAUGAUGUCACUUCCUGCCUUGUUCAACAUCGGCUUACUGCUUUUCCUGGUUAUGUUCAUUUUCUCCAUCUUUGGCAUGUCCAACUUUGGCUAUGUAAAACAUGGGGCUGGAAUUGAUGAUAUGUACAACUUCGAGACCUUCGGUAACAGCAUGAUCAUCCUCUUUAUGAUCACAACGUCAGCUGGCUGGGACGGCCUGCUGUUGCCAAUCCUGAACUACCCUCCAGACUGUGACCCCUUACUGGAGAAUAGUGGAACCCCAAACACAGGAAACUGCGGCAACCCGUCAGUGGGCAUCUUCUUCUUUGUCAUGUACAUUAUCAUUUCUUUCCUUAUUGUGGUUAACAUGUACAUUGCCAUCAUCCUGGAGAACUUCAGUGUGGCCACAGAGGAAAGCGCCGACCCACUCAGUGAGGACGACUUUGAGACCUUUUAUGAGAUUUGGGAGAAGUUUGACCCUGAUGCCUCACAGUUCAUCACCUAUUCCAAGCUUUCUGACUUUGCUGAUGCACUUGAACACCCACUCCGAGUCCCCAAGCCCAACACCAUUGAACUGAUUGCCAUGGACAUGCCUAUGGUUAGUGGCGACCGCAUCCACUGCCUGGACAUUCUGUUUGCAUUCACUAAGCGUGUACUGGGAGACAGUGGCGAGUUGGACAUGUUGAGACAACAAAUGGAGGAGCGUUUUGUGGCAGCGAAUCCCUCCAAGGUUUCUUACGAGCCAAUCACCACCACUUUGAGGCGCAAACAGGAGGAAGUGUCAGUCAGAGUCAUUCAAAGGGCCUAUCGUUCUUACCUGGCCAGGCGGGGUUUUGUCUGUAAGCGCAAACCAGCCCAUAACAAAGUGGAGAAUGGUGGGAACAAUCAGGAACAGGAGAAGAAGGAGGGCACUCCCUCAACUGCCUCCCUGCCUUCCUAUGACAGUGUAACCAAACCUGACAAGGAGAAAGAGGAUGACAACAACGAGGACAAGGGAGGAAGGAAAGAGAAAGGAAGAAACCAAAAAGACAUCAGGGAAUCUAAAUGUUAGAGCGUUGGAAUACUAAUCACAGUAAUAACAAUAAAAAAUAUAAUAAUGUAACUUCAAGCAAGGCGAGAGGAAACUCACCCACACAGAUGUACAGAUUAUUUCAUUUGCAAGUCAGAAAAAAAUAGUAUUCAAUAAUUUUGUUUACAGACUUCAUUCUUAUAUUGAUGCAGAGGGAUGCAGCUUGGUCUGUUACAGCUUGAAGACUCUUGAACUUCAGUCAAACCAAACAUAAUCAGCAUACUGUGUGACUUUGUUUUAUCUAGACUACUGAUCUUCACAAAAGGGAAUGAAAAACAGACAAGGUGUGUGUCUGCUGAGAGGCAGAUUGCUCACUUAACAUUGGUCUACAGAUAAAAUGAGUAACUCUACACCAAGAGCCAGAAUCAAAGCAAGGAUUUUGCACCUGGAUGCAAAUAAUGGAUUCCUAUGGAAGACUGUGUUGUAAGAGAAAAACAAGGAUGCCGCUUGAUGCUGAAGAAUUUUUCUCUUAGUGCAGCAAAUGAGUGUUUCUGAGUCAUUUAGUGCUGAAAUUUAUAGAGGAGCAAAAUGACACACUCACUCUAUAAGAGCAAACAGAAGGAUGACUGGUGAGUGUAAGACACAAGUGACAGAGCGUUGGAAAUACUUCUGUUUUAUUAAAGCUAGAAAAUGUUCAUUUGAGCAGCAAAAAUGCAAACAGAAGAAAAAAAAACAACACAAUAUUCAACAUUUUGCCCAUGUCACUUAACUCUUCUAGUCAUAUUAUCUUUGUUAUACCCACAUCAAAUGCUUUUUUUUUUACAUGGGCUUUCACACCAAUUGGUUAAGGGUCUGUUUAUUAUGGGGUCAACUCGGGCCAAGGGCUUACAUUUACUCAGAAAGAUUUCCAAACAAAUACAUAAAUAAUUGUGCUUGUUCAAUGCAUAGAAAUGACUUGCAUGAUGGCAUGUUUUGAUCAGAAAUCUUGCAUGAAUUAUCAUAGUCCACAAGACACUAAUACUCAGAGCACAACAGUGGCUCGACUGUAAGAUUGAGAAGAUUUGAAAGCUCAGUUCAGAGUAAUAUGUUUAACAAAGAUAAGUGAUGUUGGGGUUGAUCAUGUGAAAAAAAGGUUCUGAAUUUGUAUCUCAUUACACAACACAUUUCAAGUGAAUAUAUGUUUGAAUAGUUGCCUCUACAGACAGAAGAAUGCAAUAUGAGGGUAAAUGAUACCACUGUAGUGGAUCCGUGGGUAAAAAUCCAAACAAUGAUAUGCUGCUGAGGAGAUUUUGAGUGUGGAAGAUAUGGAAACGGAUGGCUGUGUGUUUCAUGGGACUGACAUGUUUUUUCAUUUGAACUGAAAUGUUUUAAAACACGUAAAACUUUAAUUCUAGAAAGCUUAUAUUUAUAAUUUGUAUGCACCUAUGUAUCUUCCAUACCAUCUGCCUUUAGUUUUGUGUGAGCGGGCAUUUGGGAGUCCUACUGUCGGUUCUAAGUGGUUUGUGGGGAUUUCACAGGUUUGGCAAACUCCCUCUUACUUCUGAUGUUUCUCUGUGGGUGGUUAGAGCUUUCUGAAAAGGGCUGAGAAGUCUUUUAUUAUUUCGUUUACAUCAUUUAAUGUUAUGUAGCUUCUCUACAUGUGUGUAUGUGUUUUUUUAAUUCCCUGACGUAAUAUUUAUAUUUUGAUUGUUGAUUAGUCUUACUUUAAGCACUUUUAAUAAGCCACAUCGAAGAUGAUGUCGAGGGAACAGGUCUUGUGCUGGAACACAUACUUUCGGGAUUAAAUAUUAUCCUCUUUUAAUGAGAAACAGAAAAUUAUGAAUGGGGGACAGAAACAUUGUGUGUGGAGAAGCCAAAGAGAUCUGCCUUGUUAUCCCUUGUUGCCCUUUGUCCAUGGAGUGGGAUUGGGUGAAGUAUGCCCUGCCCAUUCAAUUUUUUCGCUGUCAUUACUCGACAGAGAGACCCUAGAAAUGUAUGCAAUGCUUGAAAAAUUCAUCCCUUUUCUCAGGAGAUAUUAUAGAUGUACUAUUAUGAGCUCUGCAACAAAAUGCAAGUGAAUGUGAUGGGAGUAUUUAUGAAAUCACGUUUUAAUCUUUUAUGUUUUAUGCCAUGUUGAUGGACAAUGAUCUCGGCUUGCUGCCCUAUUUUGGCGGCCGCCUGGUCCGGAGCCAGUGUGGCACCUUCUGCUUACGACGCUUAGAUUUAUAGGGCUAGAAGCAUCUCAGUGAAACAACUACAUUUCGCUCGCUUGUAUUGGCAGCGUUUCUAUUGAUAGAGGAUUACAUUUGUGGUUAAGUCAUUUCAGUAAACACACUAGUAAUGUUCACCCUGAUAGCAAUCAGACACAGGAAACACUGUGAGGAGAUGUCAUGAGAGUAAAUUGGGAUGUUUUGGUUUGAGCAGCAAACAUAACUUUGUGGCGGCUCAGUUUGACAGGCCCGUUUUUUCAGUGUUUUACAACAGGUGCUCUGAGCCUCUCAUUUGCCAGUUUUCUUCAUCUUGCGCUACUGCAUAACAAAUACCAAAUAACCAACAGAGCACUUGAUGCAUCCUUCUGGUACUAUGAGCCUAAGCACCACAACACAGCUUUUGCACUUCCUGUUGUGCAGUGAUGUCACUUACUAUUAAUGAAUAACUCCCUCAUCAGUUCUCAAAGUUUUAUGGUCCAGCUGCUGCAUGAGAUCUCCAAAAUCAGUGUGGGUGUUAACUUGAACCAAAUAAAACUCUGAAUGAUAAGAAUAAAAGCUACUGCCGUCCAUUUUCUCCAGGAUCACCAUGGAAAUACAAAUGUGUAUAAUAGGAAGAAACCUAAAAAUAGACACACAUUCAGUAAAAGAAAAAAAACGGAAAAAGAAGGAAAUAACCACAGUUCAGGCUAUGUUCUAUAUGGCACAAGCUGAAAAAGCUAAGAAUGGACUUUUUAAGACACUAUAAAUAAUGUAAUAUAUUAAUUUCUUUUAACGGCAUGUGUAGUUUUCUGUAAAUACAGGAUUACUUAAAAAAAACUACAGCUAUUAAUCUAACACUAAAUAUUAAUAACCUUAAUAGAAUGGCUUCCAGCUGACACCCUUUGUCACACUUGUUAGGCUGUGACACCUUUGUUAGAUGAAGUAGAUUUUUUUGAGUCACUUUUCACAAAAAAAGAGGGAAGUAAGCUAAAAGAAUCUAUAUUAAAAGCAGAUAUUGUAUUUAAAAGUGUAUAGGUCAAUACAUACAUAUACAGAUCUAUAUUACAUAUAUUACAUAUAUAUAUAUAUAUAUUCUAUCAUAUAUAUAUAUUUAUAUAUAUGUAUAUAUAGAGAGAGAGAGAGUCUCCUGUCCAGUCCUUGCAUUGAGGGAAACCAGAACCACAGAGUGUAACUGAUAACGCUUCUUUCUUUGUGUGGUACGUUCAGAGAAAAACCAAAACACUGCAAACUUCUGCAUAUUGGGUACCAGCGUACAAUGCAUGGUGUUGUACUGGCUGCUUGCUGAGAAUUGUGGAGCCUGCCUUGGUGAGAGGAUUGCACUACCAGCAUACCCUUUUAUACAUGUGUGAAAAUGUCUUGCCCCAUAGAUUCAUAUCAUGUGCAAACAAAAAUACACAAUCACAGACAGACAAAUACACAUGCACACACUCACAGCCUUAUGUAGGUGACUUCCGGCUUAUCAGUGUGCCCCAGUAAGAGCCACCGCUCACUCUUUGUGUAAUUUUGCUUGUUUCAGCUCUAACCCUCCUCCAUGUCUCCCCCCCCCCCCCCCCUCAAAAACACACUGCUGCAGUUUGGAGUUGACCUUUAAUUUGGCUGUCACUUUCACUAUAAAUAACUACUGAUUUAAGGGUUAGCUGUCUUAACUGUCUAUGUGUUUGUUUAUGGUGCAAUAUCUCUUAACGGCACGUGCCUUUUUUAGCUUCCUAUUUAGUCUGUCAAUAAAAACCUGCAACAAGGAUCUCAAAAACACUAGGGAGUUUUACAAAACGGAGCACGAAAGAAAUUGUGUACUGAGUUCAAAAUUAACUUGUAAACUGAAAACACACCACCUAGAUUAGACUGUCUGGACUAACAUCUUGUAAAGUCAUGUAGUACAAGUGCUCUCUCUGUGUGUUCUGCUUACUGGUUCAUGGGCGAGUAAGAGAACAGCUUGCCUUUUGUUUUAACACGUUUGUUCAUUUUCAAAUGUUGGUUUAACGAUCAGUAUAUGAGGCCAUUUCUUUUGUAGCAUGACUGAGAUAAAUUUCAUUUUCUUUCCUGAAAAUAGGCUAACUGAAAAAAAAUCCUUUUGACUGUCAUUUUCUCUUGGCACUAAUGCAGUCGGAGGGAGGAUGUGUGUUGCACAACCACAUGGGACAAUUUAAUGAGAACCAGUGAAAGAAUAUCAUCAUUUGAGCAUGAAUCUAUUUCCAAACAAUAAAGCAGCCUUCCAGUUACA